AGCAUUUUACUUUCAAAAUCUAACAAAUUAUGACAUUGUACUUUUAACCUUUUGCUAUUAAGACAUUAUACAACUAAUUUGUUUCUUUUAAAAUAUCUUACUUUGAAAAUGUAUUUUUUUCGUUACAACUUAUAGUGUUAUACUUUCACUAUAUUCCCAUGAAGACAUUGCAUUUUUAUUUCUUUUCUAUUAAGACAAUUUACUUUGAAAAUCUAACCAAUUAGGGUAUUAGACUUUUCCACCGGUAGACAAUUACCUUAGAAGUAAUAACCACUGGUAGUGUGCUAAUCUACAAAAUAGCACUUGGCUUCGGGAUGUGAUUUAGGUUAUCAAGCCUUUUCCAUUGUUCUUAUAUUUUACUUGUAUUAUAAGUAGACUUCUGGAACCUCAUACACUGUUUUGAAGCAGGGUUUUUCAUCUGUAGUCUCAACUUUUUAGUGUUGCACUGUUUACAUGGUUCCUUUUAAAUAACACUUUCCGUGUUAAUUCUACACAAGUAGGAAGGAAGAUUUAUUGCCCAACUAUACAUUUCUGUUAUACAAAUUUUUUAUGUUCCAUUCUAUAAUGAUACCUUUUGCAUUUUAAAGUCAAAGCAAAAAUUCAAUUGAAUUUGCAUUCUCAAUAUACGAAUAAUCCCAUGCUUAGUAAAUAAUUCCUUCAGGUGACAGUUUUCCUUUUGUUCAACAAGUUGCCUCAAUGCAGUUAUUUGUGAUUGUUGUGUUUUUAUGGUAUCUUUUCAUAAUUGCAGCAUUCAUGAAGGAUAACAUGUUUCCUUGUAUUCAAAAGUAUUAUUAUUUGUUAAUUACAUUGCUAUUCUGAUGUAGCAUAAUUUGUUUCCUUUUGAUUGUUAAUUACACUGAUUUCUAUAGAUUGUGUAACAGAUUAUACUGAGAACAAUGAAAACUUAUCUUCACUAAGAAGCAAACAAAUCUUCAUUAAUUCUUAACAUAGUACAUAAUCACAUAUUUACAGACACGAAGCAUUGCAACCUUUCCCAUUUUUGGCGUUCAAUGUAACUGACUUUAACCACCUCCUUUAAGUAACUUCUGGUAACUACUUAGCAACAUAGUUCCUCCAUGUACAAGUCUAUAUUAUAAGCUGGACUUGCAUAAGUCCCAUCUUUUCUUUCAUCUUUAAGAAAUCUCCAUCCUUUAAUGCCUUAGUAGUAAGCACUUCAGCCACUUGAUAUUUUUUCCUGCAAAAGAUAACUUCAACAUCUCCAUGACUUGCCAAUUCACAGAUAAAAUGAUACUUGAUCCCAAUAUCUUUGCUUUUCCCGUGAUACACUGGAUUCUUGUUAAGUGUAAUUGCAGAUUUGUAGUACUAUUUAGUUUUGGUUCAAUGAAUUUUAAUACUAUUAUUUUUUGGAUUCUUGUUAAGUGCAAUUGCAGAUUUGUAGUACUAUUUAGUUUUGGUUCAAUGAUUUUUAAUACUAUUUUUUUUUUGGAUUCUUGUUAAGUGCAAUUGCAGAUUUGUAGUGCUAUUUAGUUUUGGUUCAAUGAUUUUUAAUACUAUUUUUUUUUAAACGGAAAACUAGCUAACCUACUCCUAAAUACCACAUAUGUCUUGUAAGAGGUUUGAACCCAUGACCUCUCAGUUGAGAGAUUCACUCAUUACCGCUAGGCCAAAGGCUUUAGCGGUGAGUAAUAACUUUUGGUACAACUCUCAUCCGUUUUGACUGAUCUAUUCCAUGCUUUAGCGGUGAGUAAUAACUUUUGGAAAGUUCACUGACACACGUCAUAUGGCUAUAUAUAAUGGUAAACAAAAAAAUGAAGGGUAUCUCUCUAUACACAGCCCCAAAAUCAAACAUUGAAACCCUAUUCUAUAGAUUUCAUAUCAAAAAUGAUGCGGAGAAAAUCAAAGAGGGUUAGCAAGAGGGCUAAAAAACAGAUCAAAGAAGAUCGAAUUUCCCGUUUGCCCGAUGAUUUGAUUGAUCACAUUUACUCAUUUCUAGACUCAAAAUUUUCUGUUCAAAGUAGCCUUUUGUCACGUAGGUGGAGAAAUACAUGGAAAGGCCAUCCACGUCUCAAAUUCAAGACCGAUCUCUCCACUGGUCAUAAAUUCGAUAAUUUUGUGCAUAAAUUUCUAUCUAAACGAAAGAAAGAUGCAGAAAUUCCAAUCAUUGACAUCAUUUCAAAUUCAAUCCCCAUCCGUCUUCUCAAAAAGAUCAUAGCAUAUUCAAUGUCACACGGCACUAAAGUGCUCAGCAUUCUGUACAUGUAUGAUAUACCAACUAGACGUGGCGGAUUCGAUUUGUCUUUGCUUAAAUCUCAUUUUCUUCAAGAUCUUUAUUUGGAUAUCGAUUUUGAGUUGUUAAAAUCUCCAAAUCUGACAUGGUAUUUGCCUACUUUAACUACUUUACAUCUGCAAAGGGUUACAUUUACACUGGAUCCUCCAAACGACGAUGGAUCCUUAGAAUUGUUUUCCUCCUUUUCAAAUCUGAAAUAUCUUGUGUUGCUUGAUUGCCGAUUAUGGAAUGUUCGUACAUUCUAUAUCACAUCAAGUGCAUUAGAGAACCUCACAUUAAUCUGUCUUGUGCGUUCUUGUCAAUUUGUGAUCUCAGCACCGAAUCUUUCAUCUUUCAUAUAUGAUCACAUGACUCCAUCUUUGUUAUUAGCCAAUGAUCUUGAUUUAUUAGAAAUGGUAAGCUUUCGAACCAUUUAUGAUAGGCCUACUGAAAACCCACCAAAUUAUGUUGAAACAAUGAUCAACACUUUUCAUCAACUUCACAAGGUAAAGCACCUUAUUUUAGACAAAGAUGCCGUGUUGUAUAUUUCAAGGUUUUGUGGCUUACGUGAAAGGAGACCUUGCCCUUUUGUGAGUUUAGAAAGUUUGACUUUGGAUGAAAUGCCUUGUUCUAUCUUUCGAAAACAUGUUGUGCUUGAUGAUAUUUUAAGUUAUUUCCGUAGCGGUUCUCCAGGUUGUGUAGCUUAUAUUGAAUAUAUAGAUUGACAUGGGCUGCAAUGAACCAGUCGGUCAUUAUCAUAUCAGGUUCUAUUAAUCUUUUCAUAUCAGAAGUUCUCCUGGCUACCCGUUGUUUUAGAAUAUCAUAGAUGCUUGUCUGUGAGAUGUUGUUUAACUUAUAAUACAUGCUUGCUAGCUGGUUUUGGCUACAAAUGUUGUUAAACUUAUAAUAUAUGGAUGUUUUGUGUUUAUUUAA